ACCAAAAGCAUCACCGUGCUCGCUCCACACGCGCCAUCAGUCCACCACCACCACCUCCUCCUCCCACCGGGCCACUCCAAUGGAGGCCGUCCUACGGCAUCCAUCGCUCUCCCGCCUCAAGCCUCCAAACCGGAACCCUCACAGAACUCCAUCACCAUCCCUCCCUCCCUUAUCUCUCCUUCGCCUCCGCGCGCGCCGGCUCACCGCCGCCGCUGUGUUCCAGGACCAGUCCAGACCGAGAGACCCGGUGAGCAAGGAAGGCAAUGAGGAGGAGGCGUACGGCGAGGUGGACCGCAUCGUCUCCAGCCGCACCAUCAAGAACGCGGUGUUCGCAGAGGACGGCUCGGCCAACACGGUCAUCGCCACGGAGUACCUCGUGGAGUGGAGGGACGGACACGAGCCUUCCUGGGUGCCGGCGGAGGCCAUAGCCGCGGACGUCGUGGCGGAGUACGAGACGCCGUGGUGGACGGCGGCCAAGAAGGCGGACGCGGAGGCGCUGAGCGCACUGCUCGCGGAUGAGACGCUGCAGCGGGACCCCAACGCGGAGGACGCGCAGGGGCGCACGGCGAUGCACUUCGCCGCGGGGCUGGGAUCCGAGGAGUGCCUGCGGGCGCUCGCCGCGGCCGGGGCUGACGUGGGCCACCAGGAGCGCGCCGGCGGUGGGCUCACACCGCUGCACAUCGCGGUAGGGUACGGCCGCGCUGCGGGCGUGCGCACGCUGCUGGAGCUUGGCGCCGACCCAGAGGCCAUCGACGGGCAGGGCCGGACGCCGCUGGAACUGGUCCAGGAAGUGCUCGGCAAGAUGCCCAAGGGCAACCCGGCGACGUUCCAGCAGCGGCUGGCGCUGGAGGCUUCGGCCAAGGAGCUGGAGAAGGCCGUGUACGAGUGGGCCGAGGUGGAGAAGGUGGUGGACGGGCGCGGCGAAGGCAAGUGGCGGGAGUACCUGGUGGAGUGGCGCGACGGCGGCGAGAGGGAGUGGGUGAAGGCGGCGUGGGUGGCGGAGGACCUGGUGAACGACUUCGAGGCCGGUCUCGAGUACGCCGUGGCCGAGGCCGUCGUCGACAAGAGGCAGGCGGCAGCGGCGGACGGUGAGGAGAAAUGGGAGUACCUUGUCAAGUGGGUGGACAUUGAGGAGGCGACGUGGGAGCCCGCUGAGAACGUCGACGCUGAGCUCGUGCAGGAAUUUGAGCAGCGGCAGUCCGGGUCGGCUGGUAGCGAUGGUGGUGCGCCGCCUACGGAGACGGUCGCCGGAUGACAGACGGUGGCAGUGUGAUGAUUCCUCCUAGUAUUUCUUCUGAAGUUUGGAUUGAGUUGAGCAUCCAUAUUGGUGCCAUGCAUGUAUCAGUAGCGACCUGAAUUUUGUAGUAGGAUGGAACUUUCUGUGAGAAUAUCGUACUGCGACCGAAAUUUGUCACAUUUCAGCAGAAUUCAUCCAUGCCCACUUGGCAAUAGUUCAAUUUUCGCUUCA